UAAACAGUUACUGAGAGUCACUAGGUGUAAGGUAUGAAGGGGAACUAGCAUUUAUGAAUUGUCUUUUUGUAUGCUAAAUAUAGUGCUGAUUGUUUUUGCAAUGUUUAAUGCUCAUUAAGGCCCCAUUAUAAAUGGUUGGGCAUAGUCUUUGGCCACAGGGAGAUCACAUUCUUUUGAUGCCUAUUUGACAUAAAUAACUGAUGUCAUUCUAGUUUCCAUCACCUUUCUGAGACAACAGGUCCUAGAUUUAGUUGGAAUAGAACUCGUGUUUCCAUAGCAACAGUAGGUCCUUUAAGAGUCGAGAGGACAGGAAGUGCAGUUUGCCUUUCCGGUUUGCGUCCGUGACGUCGACACCCCGGAAGUUGACGCUACGCGGAUGCACAUGGCCGCGCCCUGUAAGGAUGCCGCUCGUCGUGUUUUGCGGGCUGCCGUACAGCGGCAAGAGCCGGCGUGCGGAGGAGCUCCGUCGGGCGCUAGCGGCCGAGGGCCGUGCGGUGUACGUGGUGGAUGACGCGGCGGUGCUGGGCACGGAGGACGCGACCGUGUACCGCGAUUCGGCCCGUGAGAAGGCGUUGCGCGGAGCUCUGCGAGCCGCGGUGGAGCGGCGCUUGAGUCGCCACGAUGUGGUCAUUCUCGACUCGCUUAACUACAUCAAGGGAUUCCGCUACGAGCUCUACUGCCUUGCGCGGGCGGCGCGCACCCCGCUCUGCUUGGUAUAUUGCAUACGGCCGGGUGGUCUGAGCGGGGGACCUCGGGAGGCGGGUGCGGCAGACAACCGAGGCCAGAACCUCAGUGUGAGUUGGAAGCCGCGCACUGAGGAAAGAGGGAGACCUCUGGCGGCUGGCAGUAGUGUCCUCAGGGAACCCCAAACAGUGGACUUUGUAGUAAGUGGAAGAACCCAGUCCGACGUACCUAAGGAACUGGAGCAGGAGGAAACCAAGGCGCCAGAUCUUCCAGCUCUUGUGACUCCAGAUAAAUCUGCAAAGCGUGUGUCUAGUGCCUUUUAUCCUCCAGAACUUAUGGAAGCCCUAAUGCUGCGCUUUGAGGCUCCCGACUCUCGGAACCGCUGGGAUCGGCCCCUGUUCACCUUGGUGGGCCUGGAGGAGCCGUUGCCCCUAGCAGAAAUACGGGCUGCCUUGUUUGAGAACCAGGCUCCCCCACCCCAUCAGUCUACACAGUCCCAGCCCCUUGCGUCUGGCAGCUUUCUGCACCAGUUGGAUCAGGUCACGAGCCAGGUGUUGGCGGGACUGAUGGAGGCGCAGAAGAGCGCGGUCCCUGGAGACUUGCUUAAGCUUCCUGGCACCACGGAGCACCUGCAGUUUACCCGGCCUUUGACCAUGGCAGAACUGAGUCGCCUCCGUCGCCAGUUUAUUUCCUACACCAAAAUGCAUCCCAACAAUGAAAACCUGCCUCAGCUGGCCAACAUGUUUCUGCAGUAUCUGAGCCAGAGCCUGCACUAACCAGAGAGAGUGGAUGGAGGGGUCGAGGGGAGACAUGGCUCCUCAUCUAACCUCCACUGCUCUCUGUUUUUCUUGAUAGGGUAAUCUCAGGGUCUGCAGAGCAUUUUGGUGUGUGGUACUAGAGCUGUUGUGACUGAUUUACUCACGCUUUCCUUUAUGCCAGGCCUUGAGUUUACAGCAUAGAUUGAGACUAGAAAAAAAGUGGAGAACUGGCUUGGAGGAUCUUGGCAAAUUUAUCCAGGGGACAGUGCUCAGGUGGACACGGUUUGUUUAGAUUGGGUUCUCCUUGGGGUAUCACACACUGUUGAUCUCCCCCAUCUGAAUUGUGGAAGAGCAGAUUGGAUGAAUUGUUUUAAAACAAUUAGGAACAAGAACUGAAGAUGGCCCAGUUCUGCAUCUGCACUGUCCCUUUGUUCAUACCACAAACGAUUUUUUGAGUACUGUGCCUACUUUUUGUGAGUCUAUCCUGGGGCCAGGGGUCACAGAUAAAUCCACAGGUUUCUGUCCUUGGGAAGCUUUGGUUUUAGUGGAAGUGAAAGACGUUACUAGAUUAUUUCAUCUAAUAAAAUCUUUUAGAAGAAGAAAGUCUGCUGGAAUCUUUUUCACUUAAUGUAACUUAAUGUUAUGCAUGUAAUUUACAUAAUGUAAUAUUUAGAUACACGAGUAUCGCUAUUACACCUUUGACCAAAAUAGUACUUGAAUAGUGCUUAGUAAGAGACUAGAUAUUUGGUCUAACCUAAAGUAGUUACGACAACUGUAGUGCUUCAUUCUGUAUUUCAAGGCAGAUAUCACUUUAAGCUUCUUUUCAUUCUUCCAUUGAUUUCAUUAAACAAAUGGUGGGUACCUAACUUGCCAGCAUUUGUGAUUUUCAGAGAUGAAUUAGAUACAGUCUUUGCCCUUGAGAAAGUAAUAGUUUGGUGAAAAGUACAGACAAGUAAACAUGAUUAUGGGAUGAAAAGAGUUGGCAGUUGCAGAAUGAUGACAGAAUGCUUUGGAACCCCAGAGGAGGAAAGGACUAACUGUUGAGAGAAGGUAGUUUUGAGAAGGCUUCCUAGAGGGGUUAACAUUCGAACUGUCACUCUAGAACAUGGGUCAUCAAAGGGUCAAAUAGUAAAUAUUUUAGGCUUUGUAGGCCAUAAGGUCUCUGUUGCAGCUUAUUAACUGUAGCACAUUGUAUCAUAAAAACAGCCAUAUACAAUAAGUAUACAACUGAGUAUGAGUGUGUUUCAAUAAAACUACACUGAAAGGUGAAUUAUAUUGAAUUUUAAUAUCACAAGGUACUAUUUUUUAGAUUUGUUUUUCAACCAUUUAAAAAUGAAACUCCCAAGUCUGUUGUAGGGAGACAGGUAAGUAAUAGAGUUCAAUGUAUUAAAUGCAGUGAUCAUCUUAUACAGUGUAUGGUGGUGUGAUGAUACUGGGGUUGGAUGAUGGAGAAAGCCAAUGGCUGCUUACAUAGGACUCUCCUACAAGGUGGCAUUUGAGCCUUGAGAGCUUAAGAGCUUCAUCUGUCCAAGACUGGUUCAGGUGGAUUAUGUUGCUCAUCAUUUAAAAAAAGUUUUUUCCUCCCUAAUUAUAAAAAUUACAUUUGAUUAUAGAAAAAUUGGAAAAUACAGAAAAAGUAUAGUUAAAUCCACAAUCCCAUUAUCUAGGGAUAACAGCUAUUAUGUUUUGGUAUGUGUCUUUCAUUUCCUUUUAGGAAUGAAAAAAACACAUUUGUAUUUUACAGCUCUACAGAAGCAGGCAGUGGGCUGGAUUAGGUCUAGACUAUAGUUUGCUGAUCUCUGCUCUAGAAGGAUAAAUAGGAGUUUGGGAGAGGAGGUAGCAAGGCAUUCUUAACUGCUCUGUAAAUGCAUAGAGCUAUUAAAAGGAUGGGCUGCCUUCGUUGAUGAUGUGUUUCUUGCUCAUCAGGCAAUCUGGACCACCUUUUGUUAUACUAGAUAUAUUGGAUGUGUUAUAAUUACAUAUGAUAUAUUAGAUGAUAUAUGAUAUAUUAGAAUUCCUGGGUGAAAUGGAGGCUUGGACGAGGCAACCUUUAAGGCUUUUUCCAACCUCUAUUCUCUGAUUAAAAGUUAGUUGAUUAUUGGUUGUGGAUUGCAUCCUAAAUUGAAGUAGACAAUAAUGGUCAGAAAGAACAUUGGUUUUGGAGUCAGAAUUAAUGAAUUAGCUAGUAAGUGGCAGAGCCUAGAUGUUAUGUGGUCAGAUAUUUAAUCUCUUAGGGUCUUAGUCUACGUUUUCUCCUUUCUUUUAUGAGAACAUUAAUAGUGUAUACCUUAGGAUUGUUGUGAAGAUUUAUUUAUUUUUAAAGAUUUUAUUUAUUUAUUAGAGAACAUGAACAGUGAGAGGGGCGCAGGAGGGAGAAACAGACUCCCUGCUGAACACAACGAAGGGCUCUAUCCCAGGACCUGAGAUCAUGACCUAAGCGGAAGGCAGAUGCUUAACUGACUGAGCCACCCAGGCACCCCUAUGUUUGUUCUUUAAAUUUAUUUUAAAGUAAGCUCUCUGCCCUACGUGGGUCUUGAACUCAUGACUCCAAGAUCAGGAGUCACAUGUUUACUGACUGAGCCAGCCAAGCACCCCUAUUCUAGUUUUUAAUUUGACAUACCAAUGAAAAGUUUUAUUAACAUUUUCAAUGGUUAUAUAACCAUAACAUUUAGAAGUACUGUAAUUUGAUGUUUUCUUCUCUUCUAGUCUUUUCUCCCUAGCUUUAAAACCCAAAUUUGCAGAAUUUACAGGAAUGUCAGAACUUACCAAUAAUUAUAUUACAAUAAUCUAUAUUUAAUAUUUAGGUCACCUAAAAAUUUUCUUAGUCUAGAACAUCUUUAUACAUUAACCUUUGUCUUUAUAAAGUGGUCAUUUUAUUAGGAUAGACUUAAAAGAAGUGGAAUUACUAGAUUGUAAUUUCUUCGUUUUC